GCAUUGCAGAUUGCAAUUGAAUCAGUCUGAAUAUGGAUUCAUUAAGCCCUGCCGUCUUUGUCAAUAUGGAACUGUUACCCUGCUGUGUUGGAAGAAGGGUUCGUACAGUGAUACAAUUCGUGCGAUCUGAGGGUUUAGUUGUCAUUGGAAAAUCACCGGAUGAGAAGCAGAUUAUUGUAAAAGUAUCACCUGAUUCACCCCUACCAUCUCCUCUUACAGCUUUUGUAGAAGUGAUUGGUAUCGUUGACAGUGACAAGUCCAUCAAAGCUGAGUUAUGGACCAACUUUGGGGAUGAAAUUGAUAUGUUCAGCUACCAUAAGCUUUGUCAGCUUGCAAAUGGAGAAUUCAAACACUUGCUCCUGUGAUUUGAAUUUACAACACAACCUUAUCUGACUAUACAAACACCUCUCUAUCAGAUGCAAAUGGAGGAUUCAAAUACUUGUAUCAGUGGGAAAAAGUGGAGACAACAAA